GAAACUGGAAGGUCUGAAUUCGAAACCAACAAAUUAGGAGAACAAAAAAAAGCAUGUCUGCAUAUGAACUUAACGUACGGCAAAGCAGCGAAAAAAUUUCCCAAACCCAGAUCUACCCAAGCAGCGGAAGAAGAAGAGAAGAAGAAAAAGAAGAAGAGGAACAGAGGAAGAAGAGAAAGAAGAAAGAAGAAGAUGAGAGGAUAGAACGCAGCUGCCGCGGUGCCGCGGUGCAGCUGCCGCGGUGCCGCGGUGCAGCUGCCGCGGUGCCGCAUCUUCCUUGUUGAACCGCCGCUGCCGUGUCGCCGUAUUUUCACUGCAAGUCUGCAACGCCACUACAGCUCAACUCAUCGGUUAUUUUGUACGGUGCUAGGCCUUGAAGCUGCUCUGCUUAGCUAUGGAUGAAGGAGAGAGAGGGCUUAGCGAGCUUGUUGAGGAGCGAUAAGGUUUGCUUGAGAGGAGGAAAAGGUAAAGUUAGAAAACAGGGGCAAUUCUGGUAACACGGAAAAAUUUGGUCCUAUUUAUGAGUUAAAAACUUAGAGGUCCUAUACGCGUACAUAUGCUUAUUUUUGGUCCUAUUUGGAACCAUUUCUCAAAAGAUAAAGAUCGAAUAUAAUAGAUUUAUGAAAUUGAUAAUAGUUUUAUACCCCGUAGUAAAUAAUAAUAAACUAAUGGUCCUAUUUUUAGUGAGUUUUUAGGGGGAAAUUGCAAUUUUAGUACCUCAAAUAAUAUCGAUGUUGAAAUAUAAUUUAUGUGUACCCAAGUUUGUUAAUGUCAUCCCUAAUUGUCCAAAUUGUUGUAAUGUUGUCCUUUAAGGGAUGAAAUGUACGUACAAAUGUACAAUGUUACGUUGGCGAGGACUACAUUUACACCAAUUCGGGCAAUUGAGCACUUACAUUUACACACUUGGAAACGUGGUGGUACUGGUACUAUUUCAAAUAUUACCCCGUACUAUGUUCUUCUCCCUUGUAGCACCACCAUUUUAUUCUUGCGCCAUUCUAUUCCUGCUGACGGCUUCCUUGUAAAACCUUCCUAGCUCUUUGAUUCACCCUCCGCUGGAUCUCAUCUCGCCAAUCACUUAUCAUGUUUUAUUGGUGGUCAUCACUCUUAGACAAUAAUUUUUUUGAAAGUAGAUGGAGUGAAAGAUCAAAACUGGAACAAGAGACAGAUGAGUCGUAAAGGUAUUUAUAGAAGAGAAUGAGAUAUGGAGGGGUAUCAAGUAUAGUUUAAUGUGGUGUUUGCCAAAAUAUGAAAUGUAAAGAUUGAUUAUUGGGUCAUUCCAUAUAAGAAAGUGUGAAAAUUUAUAUAGGACUUGUGGAGUAAACGACAAUUCUAAUCAAAUCAAAAUGGGACAAAUUACGUACUUUUGAUUAGGUUGCAUGAAUUUAUUGUGUAUAAGAUAUAACUAUGCAUGCCUCUUAAAUAUGAUCACAUGUGAGAUUUAUGUAAAAGAGAAAUAAAUAACAUUAACCACAUAUUCAUUUUUUUAGAUGAAAAUAAUAAUUUUAUGAGGGACGACUAAAUAAAGAAAGUUGAUAAGUUUUGCGGGACAGAGGAAAUAAUAUAUGUAGAGAUACAAAUACAUCACAUUUUGAAAAAGUACAAAAGUAAUGUAAUUACCUUCAAAACAAGGUAGUUUCUAUGGUACCCAUAAGGUACCAUACCUUUGUCCACAUGGACCAAUGAAAAGGUAGCAAUUGAAUUAUUUAAAUCUAAAUUAAAAUUGAUAAAGUGAUGUGGUUCAAUCAAAUGAAUGCUAGGUACGGUACCCCUGUUUUUAGAAAGGUACCGGGGUUGUCACCUCAAAACAAUACAUCUCUUCCCUUUAAACUAUCCAAUCCACCUCCAAUCAUUGAUCACUUGCAUAUAUCCUUGAUUCGGGUUAUGUUUUGGCAUGACAAUUCAACUCAAAAUAAACUAAAAUCUUUUAUAUACAAUGUUUUUUAGUCUUUUUUGAAUAAAGGGUUAAAGUAACUGACUUAAUAAAAUGUUAGCCAACUAAGCAUUUAUUUAGCUACUAUAUAUGAUUCUGAAAUGAUCCAUGCAUACUUUGACGAUGUAAACCUAAACUAAAUCUCACAUCUCCGACUAAAUAUGAUUCUGAAUUGAAAUAAGACAUAUUGUUGGACUAAAAUACCUUCAUGUUGGGAUAUAUUAUCCCGGCCUAUUACUGUUCAGGAGUCCAAGGCUUUACGUAGUACGGAGCCCGAGCAGCUAGGCCCAUUUCGGCCCGUUGGCCCAUUAGGGUGGAGAGCCCCUUCUCCCCUUCUCCUAUAAAUAGGGAGCUUAGCCUCCAUGUAAAGGAUCCGCUCCUUCUUUCUUCUUCUCCCUAGAAUAGUUUUGUAUAACUCCAUUAAUGGAGCUCAAAUUGUAGAAUGUAAUGGUGAGGAGAGUCCUAAUGAGAAUUGAGAGGGCUUGGACAUUAGCCUAAAAAGUCCCGUGGUUUUCUCCCUUUCGGGUUUCCACGUAAAAACUGAGUUGUUCAUACACAUUUAUACAUAUAUUUACUAUAUCGUGUUGGAUUAAACUCAACACUGGCGCCGUCUGUGGGAAUCAGUUCAAAAAGACUAAGCGUGUUCUUCAGCUUCGACAGAAACUUGAGACGAAGAACUGAUUUUCAACUACACAAAGAAAAAAUUAUACGAGAGAUCUGAGUUUUCAGCAAAAGAAGAAAAAUUUCUAGACGGAAGAAGAAUGGACAGAUUUCAACAAGGAAAUGAAGAAAGAUUUCUGGUAAAAUGAUUCCCAGAAGUUCUAGGUCUGAGAAAAGAAAAGUUUUCUGGUGCAGAGCUCUACUGAUUGGGGAAGACAACCGGAUGUGGAUCGGGCUGGGGGACCUGAGACCUGAGGCAACCGGGCUCAAGCUCCCCUGGCUAAAUCGUCAUUCAUGGCGCGACUGAUGAGGGUCGCAGACUCGCGCCUCGCUCCUGUUCGCUGCCAGCAACGCCGCCAGCGGGUAGAUGGAGCUUGGUGAGUUCUUUCCGCCAUCAAUGGCUGUUCUGGAGCUCGGGAUAAUGAUUCAAGCAACAACAACAUCUGCCGACCCGAGGCAGUUCACGAGCGAGGCAUUCCAGCUGGAUUCCAAGAGCAGUUCAUGGGGCUGGGAGACGUUGCGCGGUGGAACAACCAGAGAUGUGGCCCUGUCCUAUCCGCGGACUCAAAUAGUCAAAUGUGUGGAGACUAACUGGCUACGUAGUGGUUUUGUUGACCUGGACAAUUCGUGCAAGAGGGAGGAAGGAAAGACACCGCUCGUAGUUAUUAGCUGCUCGCCUGAAGCCGUUCCCACCAAACGUCCGCAGGAGUGGCCAACUAAUAAAGGGUCAACUUAUUUGAACAAUUUUGACCAAGUCAAAAUUAAUAAGGAUGCCCACAAUUUCAUCGCACUUGGAAUUUCAUUGCACCUGGAUACCACAUGCCGAACGUCUCCAUUAUCUUACAGCUAAGUACCACUUGCUCAUCUUUUUUACCAAUUGAAGUACUUGAAUAAUGGUUUAAACUACUAGUGUUGCUAGUUUUUAUCACCAUUAUUUAUUAGGGAAUAAACUUUCCCGAAAUUAAAUAAUGCAGAGCGAAGCUCUAGUGAUAAUUAGUUCAGCCAACUUUUUAUCAAAUAUUUAAUUGUUGGUGGGUUCGAUUAGCUCACUCUUGAUCGGCUUUGAUUAGUGAUCUAAGCGUCUCCAGAAGGGCGAUGCCCCGACGACGCAUUUUAACUUGAGGGUUGCGUAUUAGUCCGCACGACACCGAGUGCUCGAGCAAUGAUCGUACCCUAGUACCAUCUACGCCAUUAGGCGCGAAGUGGCUAUUGCCAGACGCGGCCUGUGGGGCCCCGAGGGCAGUGCGACCAACUUGGGUCUGAGUUUGAAAACUCACAGACCGAUGAAUAUCUCCAUGAGACGCUCGGCGGGCUGCUAAUUGGCCCCGCCGCGAGCUGCUACGUCCAUUAACCCCGCACGAUGAGCCAGGCCGAGGGUCACGAUGACCCAUAGGCCGGUAAUCGUGGGUGUUAGAAAGAAAACCAUGCAGAUGGUUAUGUGUGUAUACAUAUUGUCAGGUCGUGCGGCCCGUUACCAUGCUUAUUGCGCAGCUGAAGCCGCUCGACGCGCUCGAGUGAAAUGAUUAGAAGACGCUCGGCCCGAGUCUUGAAGACGUGCAGGGCCGGCUAAAGAGGAGACCAUCACGGCUGAGGACCGUGAGGCGAGCAUCUCCACCUAGAGGCCGAGGGCCUAGAGGAGACCACCACGGUUGAGAGCAGUGGGACGAGCAUCUCCACCCCAGAGACCGAUGGCCUAGGAAGAACACCUAGAGGCCGAGGUCUAGAGGCGAAUGCCAUGACAAAGAACCGUGAGACGAUCAUCCAUCAUUCAGGGGUCGAGGGCCUAGAGGAGACCAUCACGGCCGAGGGCCGUGAGACCAUCCUUACAUCAGGUCGGCCUCCCAUUGCCGACACUAUGAUAUCACGACCGGCCUCUCGGCACGGCGUGUGUUCCAUACUUGAAGACCGGCCUCGUCCCCGCUCCUCGCGGACGAGAGCCGUUGCUUGAUUCUUCCCGGUCGGCCUCUCAUUGCCGACACCAUUAUACCACGACCGGCCUCUCGGCUCGGCGUGCUUAUCUUUUGAAGACCGGCCCCGUCCCCGCCCUCGCGGACGAGGACCGUUGCUUGAUUUUCUCAGGUCGGCCUCUCAUUGCCGACACCAUUAUACCACGACCGGCCUCUCGGCUCGGUGUGCUUAUCUUUUGAAGACCGGCCUCGUCCCCGCUCCUCGCGGAUGAGAGCCGUUGCUUGAUUCUUCCCGGUCGGCCUCUCAUUGCCGACACCAUUAUACCACGACCGGCCUCUCGGCUCGGCGUGCUUAUCUUUUGAAGACCGGCCUCGUCCCCGCCCUCGCGGACGAGGACCGUUGCUUGAUUUUCUCAGAUCGGCCUCUCAUUGCCGACACUGUCACAUCAUGUUCGGCCUCUCAUCGCCGACAUCAUCAUACCACGACCGGCCUCUCGGCUCGGCGUGCUUAUCUUUUGAAGACCGGCCUCAUCCCCGCCACCUCGCGGACGAGGACCGUUGUUUGAUUCUCUCAGGUCGGCCUCUCGUUGCCGACACUAUCAUGUUAUGUUCGGCCUCUCGGCACGACAUAUUUAUCUUUUGAAGACCGGUUUCAUCCUCGCGCUGCGUGGAUGAGAGCCGUUGCUCGGAUAUAUCGGUCUGAUUGGACACUAUUGUCAUCUCCUUAUCAGGACCGACCGCUCAGCGACAUUAUGAUCAUUGUAUAUCGGCUCCCAACGCCGACCUUCUUGAGUUAGCAAUCGGGCUCACUCCUCCCCUCCAGGAGGGUGACCAUCGCCUUCGCGUGACGACCAGCAUUUCCAUCGCCUCGUCAUUCUAUUCAUUUUGAUAUCCCACCACCAUUAUGUGUGACAUCACUUGUGGUCAUUCUUAGAACCGACGAACGUAUUUUCCUCCCUCAAAAAAAAAAAAAAAAGAGAAGAAAAGAUGGGGAGAAGGGGAGAGAGAAGCUCCUAUGAGAGAGGGAGUCUUGACGAGGUAUGCCUGAUCUUCCUUCGCCGCGUAUGACGAACGUCUCCCGACGCGGAGGUUAGUAGAACGUGGGGGAGGCUAGACGUACCAAAGGGAACCUCGGCAGGAUAGACUAGUUCCUCCCAUUUCCCGUGGAUCGAUGAACACCUUCUGCCAAAGCAGAAGGCUAGUAGGGCCACGAGCAUGGGACGACGAAGCAGGGAAUCCCGACGUGGAUAAACCAGUGACCUCCUUGCGAUCGUUGGAUGACCGAACGUCUUCUUCGAAGUAAGAAGAUUAGUAGGACCACGACAGGGACGAACGAAGAAUAGGGAAUCCCGACGUGGAUAAACCUGUUCCUCCUUGCGAUCGUUGGAUGACUGAACGUCUUCUUCGAAGUAAGAAGAUUAGUAGGACCACGACAGGGACGAACGAAGAAUAGGGAAUCCCGACGUGGAUAAACCUGUUUCUUCUCAUAGUUGGGAUGACGAACGUCUCCUGCGAAACCAGGAGACCAGUACUCACGAAACUUGGGAAGAACAAAGACCGAGUUCUUUACCGGAGUCUGUGCGUGCCGAGUGUACACUGCUUAGCGGUCCGUACAUAGGACCACGGAUACGGUAGACGAACGAAGACCAGCUCCAUGGAUCAGACACGAUGAACCAGUUCUUUACCGGAGUCUGUGCGUGCCGAGUGUACACUGCUUAGCGGUCCGUACAUAGGACCACGGAUACGGUAGACGAACGAAGACCAGCUCCAUGGAUCAGACACGAUGGACCAGUUCUUUACCGGAGUCUGUGCGUGCCGAGUGUACACUGCUUAGCGGUCCGUACAUAGGACCACGGAUACGGUAGACGAACGAAGACUAGCUCCUCAGGUCAGAUAGGAGGGACAUCACCCAGAUUUAUUUCAGGCUCGCCAUUCCUUCCCGGAUGGAGUCCUGGCAGACGAUCGGCUUCUCACAGCCAAUCAGGAGAGAGACUUGACACAUCACCAGCACGGCCGAGGGCCGUGAGACGAUUAUCACUCACCGACAGGCCGAGGGCCAUGAGAUGAUCAUCACCAUUUUUAUGCAGCACGAUCGGCCUCUCAGCGCCAUCGUGUCCUGAUUCACGGUUCGGAUCGCCCAUUCCCUCCAGGAUGGCGACGACCGUCUUAUGCAGUACGAUCGGCCUCUCAGCGCCAUCGUACCCAGCUCACGUUCGGCUCGUCCAUCCCUCUAGGAUGGCGACGACCGUCUUAUGCAGUACGAUCGGCCCCUCAGCGCCAUCGUACCCAGCUCACGUUCAGCUCGUCCAUCCCUCCAGGGUGGCGACGAACGUCUUAUGCAUCACGAUCGGCCCCUCAGCGCCAUCGUGUCCAGGUUCACGGUUCGGCUCGUCCAUCCCUUCCAGGGUGGCGACGAACGUCUUAUGCAUCACGAUCGGCCCCUCAGCGCCAUCGUGUCCUGAUUCGCGGUUCGGAUCGCCCAUUCCCUCCAGGAUGGCGACGACCGUCUUAUGCAGUACGAUCGGCCCCUCAGCGCCAUCGUACCCAGUUCACGGUUCAGAUCGCCCAUUCCCUCUAGGAUGGCGACGACCGUCUUAUGCAGUACGGUCGGCCUCUCAGCGCCAUCGUACCCAGCUCACGUUCGGCUCGUCCAUCCCUUCCAGGGUGGCGACGAACGUCUUAUGCAUCACGAUCGGCCCCUCAGCGCCAUCGUGUCCUGAUUCACGGUUCGGAUCGCCCAUUCCCUCCAGGAUGGCGACGACCGUCUUAUGCAGUACGAUCGGCCCCUCAGCGCCAUCGUACCCAGCUCACGUUCAGCUCGUCCAUCCCCCCAGGGUGGCGACGAACGUCUUAUGCAUCACAAUCGGCCCCGCCGUGCCAUUGUGUCGGGUUCAUCUCCGGAUUGCCCAUCCCUUCUAGGAUGGCGACGACCAUCUUAUGCAGCAUGUCUGCCUCUCGGCGCUGACAUGCCCGGGUUAUCGAUGAGAGCCUCCGCUUUCUAUCACAUCUCACAUUCCUUCUCUCAUACAUUGCACCCAUUACAUUACAUGCAUUCAUGCAUUCAUGCAUCAUACCUCAUACAUUCAUACAUACACACGUGCAUCAUGUUUUGGCAGUACCGCGACGUCGGUUUAUAGAUGCAUGGACUUCUAAGCUUCUCCGAUUGGAAAGCUCGAGUCAGAGUGCUUUACUCCCGCCUGAUGCAUUUAGGCGGAGUGUGCCCGUGGAGGAGCACCCUUCGCCCGACCCUGUCGGGAAGGGGGGUGCCUCACUGGUAGAUUACGUUCAGGAGUGCAGACACUCACUCAUAUAUGAUGAUUAUGUGAAGACACAGUUUCCAGCAAGACAGAGGAAGGGCGCAGGCAGAGUAUAUUUUCUCGAGCAGAUUCGCGAGCUCACUACUCAAGAAACUGGGGGACUUGUGUUGGGAUAUAUUAUCCCGGCCUAUUACUGUUCAGGAGUCCAAGGCUUUACGUAGUACGGAGCCCGAGCAGCUAGGCCCAUUUCGGCCCGUUGGCCCAUUAGGGUGGAGAGCCCCUUCUCCCCUUCUCCUAUAAAUAGGGAGCUUAGCCUCCAUGUAAAGGAUCCGCUCCUUCUUUCUUCUUCUCCCUAGAAUAGUUUUGUAUAACUCCAUUAAUGGAGCUCAAAUUGUAGAAUGUAAUGGUGAGGAGAGUCCUAAUGAGAAUUGAGAGGGCUUGGACAUUAGCCUAAAAAGUCCCGUGGUUUUCUCCCUUUCGGGUUUCCACGUAAAAACUGAGUUGUUCAU